GAACUACAGCAAUCGUUUGCUGGUAAUUCGCUUAUCAAUCAAUAUUUUUAAUGGUAGUUAUUUGUUUGUAACUAAUACAGACGUUGCAGAGCAUAAGGCAAUAACGUAGUUACUUUAGUCAGUACCAGAUUACCCAGGCCGUAUUUUCUUUCUUUUUUUUAUUCCUUUAAUCGAUACAUUCUGCAUCAUUCCACGAUAAUGAAACAGUGACGAAAAUAAGACAUUCCAUUGUGUGUGCAUACAUGCAUAAAUGUACCCUUGCACUGGUAGCGUUCACGUCUUAAGAUAUUAUACGAUAAUACGUCAAACGCUUUCCCAAUUACGUUCUGUUUACAAAUAAAAAAGGCAAAGCGAAACGAAAGAAAGAAAACAAAGUAGAUAACGUAAAACCGAAGAAAAAAUAAUUGAAAGAAUAAAAAGGAAAUGAAACGGUAAAUUCAUUGUUAAAUAUUGAUUUUAUAGAAGAAAAUAAGAGAAUAUUUUUAAUGAUAAGUUCAAAAAUUCAUAAUUUAUAUUGGCGCGAAAUAUGGUAGCAUAACUUAAUCAGAAUCGUAUCAGAACAGAGCAUAAAGUUUUUAAAAUAAUGAUUUUUUACACUAGUUAUAUUUGUUAGACUGUCAGGGUGCGGUAUUUUAGUUCGGUACAGUUGGUAGUGCUUCUUUAAUCCUUAUUGUUACGUUCACCAUUUACAGACAAACAAUUUGUUAAUUUUAAUUCGUUUAGAUAGAUCCAUAUCAAAAAGUUGUAAUUAAUUGGACAUUAAAAAAUGUUCUGUACCAUGUCAAGUUCAAUCCGUUCAUUUUAUAUGAAGUAUUUCGACUUAAAACAUUCCAUUUUCUAAAUGUGCCGCCACCCACUAUAGAGACGUGACUAACACUAACAAAAUCUUAUAAUCACGUUCGAUGUCCUGUCGAUAGCAGACCAACGAGUCAUGUUUUGAUGAUAAUCACAUUAUAAAAGUGGCUGGUUUUUCUUCCAUAUUUAUCUUAAUCGAAAAAAUCGUGAUAAAUAGUAAAAGAGUACGCGGUAAAAGCGCGAGACUACGCGCUAAAAUGAGUCUCAGCAUAACAAAGUUAUUUUCCCGAAAGAAAACCGGCACAGUUGACACAGUCGCUGAAAUUGGACCUCCCACUAACGUUUCCCAUAAAUUUCAUGUAAGUAAAAAUGCUGAAACUGGACAAUUAGAGGGUCUUCCCGAGUCUUGGAUUCGUUUGCUCAAUACGCAAAUAACAAAGUCCGAACAGGAUGAACAUCCUGCCGCGGCCUUGCAAGCUAUUAAAUUUUACAAUUAUUCGAUUAAACGAAAACCCGAAGAAAUAGUAUUCAAACCUUUUGUUACACAAGAUUUAAUCGAAGAAGAAUCGCAGGAAAUCGAUAAAAUCUUAUCAAAGAAAUAUCAAUCUGGUGAUUCUGAUGGCUCAAUUUCAGCACAUUCUACGGAUAGUCAGGUACAGUUACCAGAACUUCCACCCAAAGUGAACAAAACUCCAAAACCCACACCACGAAUAUGUCCUGAUAGAACAGAGAAAACUCUUACUGAGAUUCUUGAGGACUUAAAUACGUAUCAGAUCGAUGAUGAACAAUUACCUGAAGAUGACAAUUCGGCAAAUAUUAUUGAGGAAAGUCCUAUUUUACGAAGGAAGACAGAGUAUACAGGUGUGAAACUCAGUGAUGAAGAGGUUUUUGAUGAACUCAGAGCUAUUUGUCAUAAUGGUGAUCCAAAUUUACGCUUUGAGAAAACUAAAGAAGUAGGAGCUGGUGCUUCUGGUACUGUAUUUAUAGCUACAGAUUUAAUGGUUGAUCAAAGAGUUGCUAUUAAAGAUAUAGAUAUGUCUAAACAGCCAAAGAAAGAACUUAUAUUGACUGAAAUUAAAGUGCUCAAGGAAUUUCAGCAUCCAAAUCUAGUGAAUUUUUUGGAUGCGUAUCUUGUUCAUGAUCAUUUAUGGGUUGUUAUGGAAUUGUUAGAAGGUGGACCACUUACAGAUGUUGUUACAGAAACUGUAAUGAAAGAUGCACAAAUUGCAGCAGUUUGCAGAGAAGUUUUAAAAGCAAUUAGUUUUCUUCAUACAAGAGGAAUUAUUCAUAGAGAUAUCAAAUCAGAUAAUGUACUUCUUGGUAUGAAUGGUACUGUGAAAGUUACAGACUUUGGUUUUUGUGCAAAUAUUGAUGGUGAUGAGAAAAGACAGACUAUGGUUGGAACUCCCUACUGGAUGGCACCUGAAGUGGUGACAAGAAAACAGUAUGGAAAGAAAGUGGAUAUCUGGUCUUUAGGUAUUAUGGCUAUUGAAAUGAUAGAAGGUGAACCACCUUAUAUGAAAGAAACACCUUUAAGAGCCUUAUAUUUAAUUGCUGCUGUUGGUAAGCCCUCCAUUCCUAGAUGGGAAACGCUAAGUCCAACAUUUCAGAACUUCCUAGAAAGAUGUUUAGCAGUUGAAGUAGAUGAAAGAGCAACUGCUGAUGAAUUAUUAUCUCAUCCAUUCUUGGAAAACUGUGCAGAACUAACAACUCUUACACCUUUGAUACGAGCAGCACAAAGGAUUCUUCAUAAAGCAUUUAAUUAAGUAUUCUUAUUUCAUUCUUUUAAGUAGAAGACAAAUAUUAAAUUUUGUAUUGAUAUGCAUUUAUCUUCUUGAGUAUGUGUGCAAGAUUGCACCAGUCCAAUCGUAUAAUGCGGAGGUAUGAAAGUAUUUUUUAUACUGCAUAAACAGCAGAAAUUAUAUAUAUGCAAUGCUGUGGUUUUAUACAUUUUAUAUGACCACCUACUAUAUGUAUGUCAAUAUGCUACCAAAUUUAUAGUAGGGGCAGAAUAAGAUAUAAUAGUAAUAAUUUGUAGGACUCUAUUCUAAUAAUAUGUUUCUCUAUUCUAAUAAUAUUAUAAUACAAUGUAUAUGCUAAAUUAGUUUUUAUAAUUUAAGUCAUUAACAAAAUUAUUAACAUAAAUUAUUAAUCAGCGUUUCAUGUGCAAUAUCUAUUGCGUAGAUUCUACUUUUUAAAAAAUAUAUUUUUGAUCUCUUUCACUCAAAGAAGUGCAAUCUAUUACAUUACAGUAGUAAUUACAGUAAUAAACUAUUACAGUAAUAGGUGCAAAAACAGUGCAAGUCAUAAUUAUUGUGCUAAAGAGAUACAUUAGGUGUUCUGUGUUACAUUAAGAUGUUAUUUUGAAAUUGCUUGCAUUUAUCAUAUAACAAAGUACGAGUUGUAUAACAUUUUUAUUAAAAUAUUGUACUUAGAUUAUAGAAGAACUGAAAGUGCAAGGUAUGUGCACAUAUUAUCAAUCAGGGGUUUAACAGUAACUUAUUUUACAUUUGAUAAUCAUCACUGUGGAAAAUAAUAAUUACAGUUUAAUUAUAGUACAAAUUAAAUUUUAAACUAAUAAUAUUAUCAAAUUAACAUUUUAAGUAUAUACAGUGUAUUUCAUUUUCUUUAUCUGCUUUUCACAUUUUUUAAACUGCAUUCCUUUACUGUUUAGAAUUUUUGUAGUUUAUUAAGUAAAAAUGAUUAUGCCAUACAUUUGAAAUCAAACAGAUUACAUAUAAAACAGGUAUUGUAGUAUGUAUUAUUUAAUACUUCUUUAAUCUUCAUUAUUCAAUUCAAACAAAGAAGGUUACUUUUUUGAGAAAACUUACAUAAUCUUUCUUUGGAAGAAAAAAUAAUAGUGAGAAAUUGAACAUUUUUGUUCAAUGUAAUAAAUAUAUGUAUUAAUAAUCAAGUAUUGUAAACGAUGUAACAUACCGCACAUUAUAAAUUUCAUUUUUUCUAACGCUUUUUGAAAGAAUUAUUAUUAGCUAUACGAGAUUUUAUUGAAUUUUAUAAAAAAAAACUUGUUGAAAAAUUUUAUACUUGUAUUUUAGAAUAUAAUACUGCUCAAACAAACCACCAAAUUUUAACAAGUAUUAUACAAUGAAUUAUGUAUAUAAUUUUGUAUUUACAGCACAUUUUAUGAAAAAGACCUAAAAUUAUUAUCUACAAGUAUUUAGUUAAAAGGUUCAGUACUAACAUAAUGUAAAAUCACAUCUGUGAUAAAAAAAAUUAAGUUCUAUUGUAUUAUAUUUCUAUAUUUGAUAUUGUCAUAAUUCAAAGGUUGAAGAUUCAUUUAGAAAGGUUUAAUUUAAAAUGGAUUAGACUUACACAGUCAUAACACGUGUGCCUUAUCAAAUCAGUACAUAUGAUCCUAUGGUUACAAUCUUAUCAUUUGUAACAAAAUGGAAAAAUAAUAAAUGUAAUAACGGUCUUCUAAUGAACAAUGAUUGUGAAAAAAUGUUACAAACAUUUCUUAUAUGUCAUUUUGAAAUAUAUAUGUAAAUGAAAACAUCACACAUCAUUUUAAUAAUAAAUAUUUUAUUUACAAGAUAUAUGUAUGAUCUUGUACAUUUUGUCACCCCUUUAAAUUGAUCUAAACCACACUGAAGUUGCUUAUCACGCAUAACAUUUUUUAAUAAAUAAAUAUUAACAAUAAUUAUUUACAUUAUAUUUAUACAAAUUUGGUAUAUUAAUCUAAGAAAAAUAAUGAAGUUUUUGUACUGUUUCUAUAAAAAAAAAAGCGUUGAAUUUAUAUAUACUUGUUGGUAUUAUACAUAUUGUGUAUUUACAUAUAUUUCUGCAUGACAGAGAGACUACAGUGUGGCAAUUAUUUCAUUAAAAUAAAUAAAUGUACAAAUAGGACAUGUACUUCUGCUAAUUAUCUAUUUUUUUACAAGGAAAUUAAUUUAUAUCAUACAUUUGUAUUAUUCAAUGGCUGUUAUAUGCCCUAUGCAUAUAUGUAUCGGAACAAAGUCUUUAGUAUAUGCAUAGUAUAUCUUUAAGAAUAAAGAUUUCUAUUUUGUCACGUUCUAUUACGAAUUCAUUUUAUGGCAGUAUCUAGGCAGCUACACUCGUAAUCUUUCUUUGAUUAAAAUAGCUAUUGCUACAAGGUUAUAAAAUAUUUUAGAUACAUUUGUUAGGCUGUGUAGUGUGAAUUUUGUACAUGUAAUAUUUAAAGCAUAAUAAUUUUACAGAAGUUAGUGAAAGUAAGAGGCUACGAACGAUGUUCUUAAUUUCGAUCGAUAUGUUUAUUUAACAAACGACUUAAAAAUAUUAAUUCUGUUUAACUUAUGUUUUCCAAAUAUAUUUUGUCGAAUCUAAAUCGUAUGAACAAUUAUGUAACGUAUUACAAUUUAAGCCGCUUUAUCAAUAAACAUAUCAAAAUUAAGAUUUAAUUAAAGGUCAGUUUUGCGAAUACCUCAGUGCCCGCAACCUUCCAGCAACAAAGAAAGUUGGAUCUUCUAACAUAGCUCUUAAAACCGCUAAAAAGUCAGCAGCUUGAUCUUCAUCAAUUGCUCGUCUGUCGUACGAUAAAGUUGCUGACAUCUUUGUUAUUUUUUGUAAUGUAGCAUCUAUAAUAAAGCAAUAUAUUAACAUUUUCUAUAGCUUC